ACCAGGGAGAUUAUAUUAUGGGAGAUAGAGAGUUCGGGGGUUGGGGAGGUUGGAGGACCGGACCCCUGAAAACAACAAAACGCGUUUUCAAAGUUUACAUAUUGCAGGAAAAGAAAUUACACCAAUUGCUUAUAUCGCUAUCACAACCUUUGGUACGAGGCAGCCAAAGUCGAGCUUCAUCAGAGCAUCUCCACCGACCCCAACUUUCUCAUAGCAUUCACCUGGAGAACUGACAGAGGCAUUUCUUCAUUCUUGCCAUCAUCAAUUAGCUCCAAUUCCCUCCCAUGGUCACCAUCUCUUGAAAUUACAAUCAUGAAUCCAUCCUGUGCAAUGUCAUGAUCCAGGUCCUUUAAGUAGUUCUCCGGACUGCCAAGAUGCCAGAGCAUGCCCUGCGCGAUGCGGAGCGGAGCGGGAGGCAGCGUCGCGGGGUCAUCAAGAUCGGUGGCACUGGGAGUGUGAGCAGCUGAGUGGGCGCGGCAACGGGGCCGGGAGAAGACGCGCGUGGCUAGGCGAGAUGGAGCCGGCGCCUGCCUGGUGUCCUUUACGCCAAACAAUAAAGAAAACGACUAAGUUUUAUUGGGUUCAAACCAGCCCACUAACCCUCACGCUGGGCUUCAUCAUCCACCGUGGCCUGCUAGUGGUGGUUGAGUCCUCCGCUACCGUGACAGCCUGCGAGUUCGCCGUCCGCCCGUCCGCGUCCUGCCGACCUCAUCCACGCCGGCGCCGCGCCCGCCUCCGCGCCCGCCUCCGCGGACCGCAUAUUCGUUGUGACGCCAUCAGCUGCGCCGCGCGUCCUUAGGCCUGCCUCAGCCGCGUCGCCGCGCCCGCCUCAGGUUGCCCAGCCCCCACGCGCGCUGCGCCUGCCUCAGUCCCCACGCGCGCCCGCCGGCGGCCGGCCUCACGCCUCAGCCCUCAGGCGCUCAGGCUCAGCAGCGCCUGCGCCACGUGCCGAUGCGCGCCCUCCUGGCCGCCGCCUCCCUGCUUCGUGGUGCCUGCAGCCUGCCUGUCUGGUGCUAGCCGCGUCGCCAGAGGGAUCAAGAGGCCUGGCCUGGAGCCGUCAGCGUGGUGGCGCCUCCUCCACCCCACAGCACCCAUGUCCUCCGCCUCGUGCCUCGUCCAUCCCGCUCCAAGGUUCCGGGUUCGGCUACUGCCUCUCCCCUCCUCCGUCGCCGCGAGGCCGUUGCUUGGCUUCAGGCCUCGGUGUGGGGCUCCAGCGAAGGGAUGGGCAUUGUGGCACGUCUCAUGCUUCAGAAAUGGUCAGGAUGGGCCAACAACAUCUGACGAAGGUGAUGACUUCAAGUAUGUUGCCCAAUCACAGAGCUCUGGUGGUGCAGAGGUGAAAAAGGAAGAGGUGAGUAGCUUAAACGGGGAUCAGGAGCAGAAUUUGAAGGAUGGCGAUUGGUUCCUGCAACUGCAGAAGAUAAAAGAAAAUUUACUAGGCAGGAUAGUAAAAUUUCAGACAGAACGCUGGAUAGUACCUUGGACUGGACAAACCAUUGCUCAGGUGAUGAUUUUAUGGAUCGCCACAUUUUGGUUUGUGGGUUCCUGGAUAGUGCCAUUGUUGGCUCAUGCUGCUGGGUUUAGCAAGGAAACAUUGACGCACAGAGGCCAGGCACUAUACAGUCUCUUGACAGACAUAACAGAGGGCCUUGCCGGGAUCGCAAUCCUUCACCAAUGCCUUGGUAGAUUCCGACCCCUUCCUCCAGGGUGGUUCGAGUUCAAUCUGAAGGGCAAAUGGCACUUGGACGUAGCAUUUGGGUGCCUGCUAUUCCCACUAGUUAAUCUACUCUCACACAUAAACAUCAGCCUAGUUCCAGCGUCACCAGGUCCAGCUGUUGGGGUUUCCAGCGUAGAACAGUCCAUCGUGGCCCGGGAUCCAGUGGCAAUGGCUUUGUAUGCUGUGGUAGUCACGGUAUGCGCGCCUAUAUGGGAAGAAAUCGUGUUCCGAGGAUUCCUUCUCCCGUCUCUAACACGGUACAUGCCACUCCCAUGGUCGAUCCUAGCGAGCGCCGCUGCGUUCGCGCUCGCUCACUUCAACGCACAGAGGGUGAUGCCGCUAGUGUUUCUUGGAGUGGUGAUGGGAGGAGUCUUUGCAAGGUCGCGCAACCUGCUGGCGUCGAUGGUGCUGCACAGCUUGUGGAAUGGAUUUGUGUUCUUGGAUUUGAUGAAGUGAGCAGCUGAGCUGGAGUUAUUGUUUCGGUUCCAACCUUGGACAUAUCUGCUUGAGCCUCGUCUGAAAAUGUUUUGGACAAGAUUGGUUCUAUUCUUUUUUCAGGAUUAAAAGCAAGGCAUCUAAUGCAGCGGCGGAACAGAAGGAGUCGUGUAAGUCUGAAGCGAAGAGGGAACAGUUAGUGCAGGAAAAUAGACCACAGAACAGAAGAAAUGUUUAUUUUUUUCAGAAUUUUGUGUAGAAUGAUCAGUCACUGCAGUCUUAGGACCUGUGCCCAGCUUCCAUAAGCAUCUGCCACAUUUUUGUAAAUUGCAUAGGCGGGAGAAUAUUUGUCUCGUCGUGUAUAGAAUCCCCCCCCCCCUUGGAAAGGAGAUAUAUAUGGUUUCCUGCCAUUCAAUGCCA